AUGUUAACGUCAUUCGCUUGCAAAACAGUGCGUAUGUCACCUCAGUCAGCGCAGUACAACUGUGAUUCUGUCGGCGUGAUUGUAAGCCAGACCGGGUGCGUUACGGAAGACCAAGGUCAGAUUUUGAACACCGAGUUAAACUUGAUGGAGAUGACUGAUGUGGAGUACACACAUCUUCAACACAUCAUCCAGACGCACAUGGAGUCACAAACAUCUGACCCGGACGGAUCAGGAGAUGCCCGAUUUAACUCAACAAUUUUUGCUGUGGGCAGCAACCCUGCUCAACAACCGACGAAUACAAAGGUUGAAACCGAGUACACCGCGACGUCUUCCCAUACCACCCCAUCAGAUUUUCCAUCAACAUUAUCUGAUGGGCAGUCCAUUUUGACUCACUCAGCCAAGCAAGAUCAAUUUGAUGUUCAGGGGAUUAAAAUGGUUCUAGUCAGUGAUGCUGACGGCAUAUCAGGUGAAAGGACACCGACGUCCUGCGGGGAAGUGCCAGGCUCGGUCUUGGCCAAAGUCAGAAGUGCGAGUGAUACAACAGGAGACAGUUGUGUAGAGCCAUUUGUCAAUGGCGCACCUUUACUGGCCAGGCCUAACCCUCCUGCCCGGGUUCGUUUGGAGAAGAGGUUUAACUGUGGUGAAUUCCCCAGACAGCAAGAUUCACAGUCAGUAGCUCUUACCAAUUUUUUGACAAUGCUUCAGCAUUCUUCAGAAGCACAAGAAGCAGCUAUGCAUCCUCAAAUGCAGAAAUGGAUGAGAUCAGACCGAAGCAAUCCCAUUGAACUGUCACACACGUAUGGAGGGAGCUUCAACCCCAUUGCAGGCUUUCGUGGUCAAGGGUUUGGUAAUAAUCAUGUGCUUGAAACCAACAAGCAUCAGGGAUUGAUUAUCCCAAAGAACUUCACAUUCAGCUGCCGUCAAGAGAGAAUGAAUGCAAAAACACCCUGCAUCAAUAACGCAUCCCCAACAGAUGAACAGGUGUGGGUGAAAGUAGAAAAUGAUGGUGCUGCUGUAAGACCUGCACUUCCUGCUAAACGGGCUAAAACCCGUGGCCCUCGGAGCCUAAAGGCCACCACCGCCUCUACUGCAGGCUCAGCUGAUGUAAGUGGAGCUGCAGGGGCCACAGGAGGAACCAGGAAGAGAGGAGGGGGCCCUGUGGAGAGUAGCCAGCGCAGAGAGAGACACAACAGCAAAGAGAGAGACCGCAGGAGGAGAAUUCGCUUUUGCUGUGAUGAGCUGAACCUGCUUGCACCGUUCUGUAACCAUGAGACUGACAAAGCCACAACCCUGCAGUGGACCACAGCCUUCCUGAAGUACAUCAGAGAAGUUUAUGGAGAUUCCAUCAAACAGGAGUUCCAGAGCACGUUCUGUGGAAAGACUGGCCUCCGUCUGAAGCCCAGUGGUGUCUCCAGUCAGAUCUUGGUCCACCAGGAGACAGCAGAGACACAUAGUGCCCCACAGGCAGCAGAGCAGUGACCCACCAGCUUACAACCUACACUUUUUCCAUCAGUAUUUAACUACUAUUCUAUUUAUUACUAAUUUAUUUUACCCUCCAGUAACUUUGUUCCAUCAGGUAUGGCAUUGGGAUGAUAUCUGUUCCACAAUAACAUCAGGUAUUGCCAAGGUCACAUAUGCUUAUUAUUUGUGUGUUUUGAGGGGUAGGAGGAUGUAAUGCAGGUGUGAUUUUGACUCAUUGUCCUACCUCUUUGACAGGACAAGUAGGGCACCAUUAAUACACAGUAUUUGGCCACCAGUUUUUAUUAUUAUUAAUUCACCAGCCAUUUGUUAAUCAUUUCCUGUUAAAAGAGUUAUUGCAUUUGAGUUUUGUCUUCAAAAACUUAAAUGACAAGGAUGUAAUUUGGAGGUUUUGGAAGUUUUAGACCAUGUAUAACAUUCAAGCAUGGUUGUCUUGGAUCAGGUUACUGUGUGGGAAAGAGACAGAUGUCACUUUUUAAACAGCUUUAUAUUAUUGAGAUUUUUUCAGAGCUGCAGUGUUUUGCAAAGCCAUGCACAGAUGGCAGAAGAUGAGCUACACACUAAUUAGAGUUAAGUUUGUAAAUGUAAUUCUGUUAUAUUUGUCAUGUCCAUCUUUGACAUGUGUGAUUGUAAUGUAUUUCCUUUGACCUUUUAAAUAAUAAGUAUAGGUUAGUUGCUUGUGUGUGGCAGCCGUAAUCCACAUUAAAAGUAAUUAG